AUGGAGCUGAUACUGUUCAUGAUCCUCCUCUUCCUGCCCCUCUUUCUAUCUGAAGAAGUCUGUAAUACUCAAGAUCCCAUCUUGGUCAACUGUGACUUCAGCUCCAACUACACCAUCCCCAGCCCGUUCAAGGCCAACCUCGAUGUACUGCUCUCCAACCUCCCCAACUCUACCGCCAGCUCAAAAGACUUAUUCUUCAACUACUCCGUCGGGACAGCAUCCGAUGUUGUCCACGGCUUCGCUCAGUGUCGCCCCCAGAUGUCCACAUACGACUGCGCUAUCUGCCUCUACCGCUCGGCCUUCUCUGCCUCAUCUAAUUGCCUGCUCUCCCGCUCGGCCACCAUCAGGUUCAACGACUGCAUCCUCCGCUUCUCCGACCGCCCCUUUUUCUCCCAGGUCUCUAACGACAAUGGCUGUACCUAUUACAACGUCAACAACGUCUCCAAUCCUACAGUGUUUAACAAGCCACUAAGGAAACUGAUGUACGAGGUGUCGUUGAAUGCCUCCAUGAACGCUAUCAAAUUCGCUUCAGCAACUUUCAACGACUCCACAAUUGGGGACAUCUACGGGAUGGCAGAGUGCACGCGGGAUUUAACAGAUACUGGUUGUUCCACUUGUUUGGAUCGAUCUAUUCGAGAUCUAUCCAUCUUGGCACAGCCGCCUCCCCCACCUCCCCCGCCUCCGCCACUGACACCCGGGUACCCCAAUCAAGGAAACCAUAAUGACACACUGAAGAUUGUUCUUAGUGUUGUCCUUUCUUUGAUUGUUGCAAUUGGGCUCGUCUCUGUCACUUACCUCUGUUUGCAGAAAAGGAGAAGAAUCAGAAAACUCUUAGUCUUACAUGAUCUUCAAGAUGUUGAAGCAGAUUUUACAAGUGGAGAAUCCAGGUGGUUUGAAUUAAGUACUCUCAGGGACGCCACGGAUAACUUCUCUAACGAAAAUAAACUUGGACAAGGAGGAUUCGGACCAGUUUAUAAGGGGACCUUGAAAGAUGGACAGGAUAUAGCUGUGAAAAGACUUUCAGCGAGUUCAGGUCAGGGUUUGCAGGAACUACGAAACGAGAUUGUCUUUGUUGCUAAGCUUCAGCACAGGAAUCUUGUCAGGUUACUGGGCUGCUGCUUGGAUAAUAAUGAGAAACUCCUUGUCUAUGAAUACCUUCCUAAUAGUAGCCUUGAUAAAUUUUUAUUUGAUGAUAAUCGAAGUCAGCAACUAGAUUGGAGCAGCAGGCAUAAGAUCAUUGAAGGCAUUGCCAGAGGAUUACUUUAUCUUCAUGAAGAUUCACGCCUAAGGAUUAUCCACCGGGACUUGAAAGCGAGCAAUAUCUUACUGGAUGCAAAUAUGAACCCCAAAAUUUCAGACUUUGGCCUUGCGAAGCAUUUUGGUUUGAACGAAACUCAAGGGAACACAAAUAGAAUUGCGGGGACACAUGGGUACAUGGCACCAGAGUAUCUCAUGCGUGGAGAAUUCUCACCAAAAUCAGAUGUUUUUAGUUACGGUGUGUUGGUGUUGGAGAUUGUUACUGGCCGGAAAAACAGAGGUGUUGUGAGAUAUCAGCCUGCAUCUGUCCUUGUAAACGAUGUGUGGAAACACUGGAAUGAAGGGAAAGCAUUAGAAUUGACCGACAAACUAGUAGGAGAGGGAUUCCCUGUUGAACAAGUGCUGAGAUGUAUACACAUUGGUUUGCUUUGCGUUCAGGAAGAUCCAAUAAAGAGGCCAAGCAUGACUUCAGUCGUGAACAUGCUCAGCAGCUAUUCCACUUCUCUUCCAACACCUUUAAUCCCUGGGUUUUUCAGUAGAAGUAGUUGUAUCAUGGAGUCAGAUGAGCACUCUGGGAAUGCAGAAAUCCAGUUGGUGGAAAGAAGAUACAGCAGUGGAUCCACAUCGCAGCUUGCAAAUCUGACUUCCAUAAAUGAAAUUUCCAUGUCUGAUGUGGAACCUAGAUAAUGGUGUAGGCAUGUCUAUAAUUAUACCAGAAUUCGCUUUUGUUUAUUUCUUGUAUUUGUUCAUUUAGAGAGUCAGCUGCUAAUCAAAGAUCAA